CCUGAUAGCACUGAGAGCUGAGGAGGGGAGACAGACUUCUGCAGCUGGUCUGCCCCGAUCCCAGCCAAGCCCGAGCCGCGCCAAACACGCACACAGCGCACCAGUGUUGGGAAAUCCAGGCAUUUUUCACCCACACAAGAUCAGACAUGAGAAACCACUUGGCCUCUUCAUAUCUCUCACCCCGUCUCACCCCCGUCUCCUGUCUUCGCUCUUUGCUCCUUUCGAUUAUUUCCCCCCCGCAGCAUCAGAGGCACCACCAGCUGUGCCAGAACGGCAGAGCGUCCAGCCUACCUUCCAACUUCAUUAUCUCCACACGCACAGACAGACCGUCCCUUGUAGCCCUUCGUAGUUCCCACAUCGCAGCCAAAUGCAAUGUGACAGCGCCGCCGCAGUCCUCGUCCGCAGACAUCACAGGGCACCCCCCCCCCACCCCUCUGUCCAUGGAUAGAUGGCACCCCCUGCUUUUUGCCUGUGCAUGCAAGCGUUGCUGUUACUUUGCGUGCGGAAGAUGCAGGGCAGUUUAUAAUUCUGCUGAUGAAGAUUCUCGGUCAUCCAGAAUGCCUCGCAGGUUCUUUUCCUCAGACCUUGCGUUUUCCAUGGCCUGCUUAUUGAAGCCCCCCCCUGGGGUCCAACCUGAUAUUCGCAGACUCUUCCCGCUCUUAUUUGAUCCUACAGUGUUAAGAUCCAAAUCCAAUAUCGUCGACUUGGCAGAAGAACCCCCCCACCCCCUUACUAUUGUUUCAUCAGUCAAAUAGCAGACAUAAGUAUAUGUUGCCUCUGAGUCUCAUGAAGCAUAUUGACUUCUGUGCCAUUUUUCCAAGGGCAAGACCAUCAAUUUCUAUCAGAGCUCCUGAGGUAAUAGUGAUCUGCAAUCAUGUUGCUGCUUCUGGAAUAACAUGCCUUGAUGAGGAUACAGUAGUACUGCAAUGCAUCAGAAUAUAAAUACAUUCUUUUACAUAUUCUCUGUUAAAUGAAUUUAUGCAUCCCUGCUUAUGUUUGGUUAAAGCAAGUUAACUCUUCACUG